CACCCUCUCAAUUCCAUACACUUCACCAUCCCAUCCUCCAUAUAUACCACCAUCCCAUCCUCCAUAUAUAUCACCCCUCUUCCACUCCAUCUCACGACCACUCCUGGUAUCAUUAGCCACUCGCUCUCUACCAUUCAACGCGCUUGACUUCUUGACUGUUUCCAUCACCUCUCGUUUCUGCGUCUUCUGGGUCUUGAAGCUGCACGGUCACUUCUCUUACCUGGGACCAUCACAUCAUUCUCACUACCAUACAUCUACGACCAUGACUGAGUGCUUGGUUGCCACGACGACGCGUCUGGAGAGGUAUCGCAUGACCAUGGAUCAGAUUCGGGGAGAGGAGUAUCCUAUGAUGGCGACAAAGACCUAUCUUGAUCAUGCUGGCACUACCAUUCCGGCAAAGUCAAUGCUCAAAGCUACGUACGAGGACUUGGUGUCUAAUCUCUAUGGCAAUCCGCAUUCGGAGCACAAUGACUCCGUGCGCACUAGCCGCAAGGUCGACGCUGUUCGCCGACAGACUCUUCGUUUCUUCAAAGCCGAUCCUGCCCACUUUGAUGUCAUCUUCGUGGCAAACGCUUCGGCCGCCAUCAAGCUGGUUGGCGAGUGUUUCCGGGACGCUUCUGAGAAGAAGAAGAAAGGCUUCUGGCUCGGUUAUCACCGUGACUGCCACACCAGUGUGGUCGGUCUACGUGAGGCAAGCAAAGGCCGUCACCAUUGCUUCAAAGAUGACCGUGACGUCAACCAGUGGAUCAAUGCUGGCGCUCAGUUCAACCGCGAUGCUCGAAGACAGCGAAGCAAAGAUCAGCUCGGACUGUUUGCAUAUCCAGGCCAGUCAAACAUGACAGGUCGUCGUCUUCCUCUUUCAUGGUCAGAGAACAUCCGCGCAUCGCACUUGCAGGACAACAUGUACACUCUGUUGGACGCUGCAGGGCUUGCCACCAGCUGUCAAAUUGAUCUGAGUGACCCCAGACGUGCUCCUGAUUUCAUGACCGUCAGCUUCUACAAGAUUUUCGGUGGCCCGAAUCUCGGAGCCCUGAUUGUCCGAAAGGUGGCUGGAGAUGUACUACGCUUCCAGAAGGACUUUGGCGGUGGUUCAGUCGACAUGGUCAUUUCCAUGGGUGCCACUUGGCACGCAAAGAAGAGCGAACUUCACGAUCGAAUGGAGUACGGUACACUGCCCUUUCAGAGCAUCAUCCAGCUCGGACAUGCCUUCAAUGCCCACCAGAAGAUAUACGGCAGUAUGGAUGCCAUCUCAAAGCACACCACCUCCCUGACUCGACUCCUUUACAGGGCACUGACGUCGCUGAGACAUUCCAACGGCCGGAACAUGGUCGUUGUCUACAACGAUGUCCAAGACUAUGCCUACGGAAAUGCUCUGCUACAAGGUGGCAAUAUCGCUUUUAACCUGAUCGACCAAGAUGGCUAUCUCGUCGGCUACACUGACGUUGAGAAGAGGGCCAACGACUACAACAUCUCGAUCCGCUCUGGAAGUCUAUGCAAUCCCGGUGGUUUUGCUCAUUACCUGAACUGGUCCCCGGAAGAGAUGAAAAGGGCUUACGAGGCAGGCCAUCGCUGCAGUAACCCUACUCAGCUCAUGAACGGCAAGCCAACUGGCGUCGUGCGCGUCUCUCUUGGAGCUAUGAGCAAUGUCACAGAUGUUGACAAGUUUAUCUGGUUCAUUCGAAACAACUACUACAACAUGGCAACGACGAGUACCGCUCGCAGCCACCCGAUCCGCCACCACAACUCGUGCAACAACCUCGGCAUGUAUUGUGACAAAGCUGUGGACUCUGCAACAGAAACACUUCGCUCCUUCGAUCUCGCCUCAUCCAGCUCCGAAGAUGAUCCUAUCAAAACCCUUCGCGCGCGUGUGUCGCUCGCUCAACUCCACCGACCUUCUACGGCGCGCUCUUGGGUCGGGAACCAAUUCUCCAAGCUAAAUUCCCGAUCCAAGAUGCCAACCAAGAUAGCGGCAUAGACUCAUGCUGAACAUUUCGACUUGUCUACUUAUAAUAUCACUAAUCCUAUAUCCCAUUUGUGAGGCACUUUGCCAAUGAGCAUUCCCCUUUCUGCAUGAAAUGGCACGUUUUAACUUGAUGUUGUUGUUCUUCCCACAAAUGAUGCAUAUUUGACUCGCUGAUUUCAUCUCCUUGCUGUCUGUCAUUCUCAUGAUGAAGGUGGAGGGAAUGGGGGCGUCUGAUGGUGUCACACGAGUGGUGGUGCUGGACUACUGCAAUACACCUUGCGCGCAGAGGACGAGCGGUAUUCGCAUUUUCCUUCAAUAAUUUUUACGCAAAUCUUCUCAUGUGUUUACUGAAAAAUAGCCGCUCGGAACGGCUUUGUGGGACGGGUAACGGGCAAAGAUGUGUUUCACCAUAGAUACCCGGAGUAUUUCGCUAGU